AAAUUUUUAUUUCUACGUGUAUUUCACAUCAAUCUACACACCAUCGACGUAGGAACUUGAAAUAUACGUAUAAUAUACUUAGGUAUGGGAGUGUGUUGUGUGGACCCUGCAGCGUCAACCGUGAUCACAGUAUGCAGCAGGUAAACGUAUCCAUACGUGUAACGUACAUUUGCGCGAUAGUAACGAUAACAAGAACAACAGUAAUUACGACUUUACCGAUAGUUCUGAUAACAUAAGUACAAAAUCGAAUCGCGAACAAAUAUUAUUGUUAUUAGAUGGCCACAAUUACGGGCGUUUGUUUUCACACAUUAAUAAAGCGAAUCUGUGGCGUUAAAACAUGGGCGCGGCUCGUGCAAACCGAUUGAAAACGCGUUCUGUUUUUUUUUAUUUCGUAAAUUCUUCAUAAAGCCUUGGUACACUGGUAGAUGUAUCAGGCUGGGGUUGAUUUUUUGUUAGGUGUCGUUGGUAUCGGUUAUUGUCAAUCUAAUGUAAGAGAUACUUUCGUAUAAUACUCUUAGCUGCAUUAUAUUCUGUGCCAGGUACUCAUACCCGGAAUUUUAUAACCCACCCUGACAAGGUACCUUUUCGGCUUCUGGGAAUCCUGACUGGAACUUGGCUAUCGAUUCUGCUUCACCUGCCGGUGAUGCAAUUGACUUACGGAGAAUAAUGACUAGUACGAAUUAUAGCUGGCCCCUAUUCGGCGGUGAUUAAUUGUCAGCCGAUUUCAUUCAACAAAUCAGAAUUAUAGCCUCGUAAUCAUGCUGUUCGCAUUACUCGGUGGAAUAAAUUGAUAAAUGGCGUUAUUACCUUUCCGCUUUACCAUCUGUUUCGACAACUUGAAACACCUGCACGUGUAAGAUACAUGUUGUUUACGGAAGAAAAGGUUUUAGGAAUUCGCCACGAUCAUUCGAAAACCACGCAAUUAUCGAGUUACAUUAUUUCGAGUUACAUUACUUCAAGUUUCGAAGGUCUCUGAGAACUACAAUUUACCCAGAAGAUACCUUAUGACCAGUCUCAUCUUCCAUUACAAAUGAUAAGACCCUACAUGUGGGCCGAAUCCCGCGAGAAUUUGAUAAUCAGCUAUUUUGGAAAACCUGUAAGGUUCUAUGGUACGUAUAAUUUGCCCUAAUUAGUUGAUAUGCAGAAUCGCACAACGUGUCACUUACAUUGUACUCGUGAGGAAUACGAAGGAAAACGAUCGUUUCCACUGUUUUGUUUGAUAUUCCUAUUUGUCGAUAGCCAGCGUAAAGGGAAGAAAUAUCCGCGCUUUCGCGUCGUGAGAUUAAUAAUUUGAAUAACGGGACGCAAAUUGUGACGAAAAAGAAGCGUAAGUUCCUUUCGAUAAAUGGUGUAGAACUAUAUUGCGCAAGAUCCUCUGGACAGGUAUUGAAAUAUUUUCAACUUAUCGUCGUUCUUGCAAGUAUGAAAAGUUGAAAUUGGGUGAGAGGGAUGAAUCGUAUCCGGCUGUAGGGCGCAGCAUCCCGGGGCGAUCAAUGCUAUUCUGACGCGCACCGCCAGUCAGGGCGGAGAGUGGUCUGUAUUCUGGAUUCAACGACGCAGCAUGCAGGAAACUAAUUACCGGCAACUGCCACGAAGAAGACGAUAGCCUGUCAUUGGGGUUGACAGCGGGUGGCAAAACUUGGCCAUCAAUAAUGGGGCCGUUCUACCGAUCGGCGAUGCUGAUCCUGCUCCUCCCGAUCAUGUACACGAACGGUGGGCUUGCCGCUGGUUCAUCAGCUAGCUACAGCAAUCCCACAUACUUCAACAUCGGCGGUGUUCUUUCCAAUAACCAGAGCAAGGCCCAUUUUAACAACACAAUUGACCAUCUCAAUUUCGAUCCUCAAUAUGUAAAGAAGGGAGUAACGUACUACCACACGGUGAUCGAAAUGGAUUCAAACCCAAUUCGCACGGCUCUGAGUGUCUGCAAGUAUCUCAUCACCCAACGAGUCUACGCAGUGGUUGUGUCACAUCCUCUGAUCGGGGACCUCUCGCCGGCAGCGGUCUCCUAUACAAGUGGAUUCUACCAUAUACCAGUCAUCGGUAUUUCGUCGCGGGAUUCCGCGUUUUCAGACAAGAACAUACACGUGUCCUUUUUGCGGACCGUUCCACCUUAUUCCCACCAGGCCGACGUCUGGGUAGAGUUGUUAAAGCACUUCAACUACAUGAAGGUGAUAUUUAUCCACAGUUCAGAUACCGAUGGACGCGCGAUACUCGGACGAUUCCAAACGACGUCGCAAAGCCUCGAAGACGACGUGGAGAUCAAAGUAGAAUCUGUCGUUGAGUUCGAGCCUGGCCUGAUGAACUUUACAGAACAGCUACUAGAAAUGGCAAAUGCUCAAGCUAGAGUCUACCUGAUGUACGCCUCGAGUACGGAUGCGAAGGUAAUUUAUCGAGAUGCGGCCGCUUUGAAUAUGACUGACGGUGGAUAUGUGUGGAUCGUUACGGAACAGGCACUGGGAGCAGUCAACGCCCCGGAAGGCCUUCUGGGUUUGAAACUGAUCAAUGCAACCAGUGAAAAGGCGCACAUCAUGGACAGCUUGUACGUGCUCGUGUCAGCACUCAGAGAUAUGAAUGAAGUUGAGAAUAUAACAGAAGCACCGCAGGAUUGCGAUAAUUCAGGCUCUAUAUGGGAAACUGGCAAAAAAUUAUUUGAAUACAUUCGUCGUCAAGUUCUGCACAACGGUGCCACGGGAAAAGUUGCAUUUGACGAUAAUGGGGACCGUAUUUUUGCCGAGUAUGAUAUCGUAAAUAUCAAAGGGCGAGGUCAACAAGUGUCGGUUGGACAAUACUUUUACUCGGCAGGCAGUAAUAAUUCCACAAAGAUGACGUUGAGAGUAGAAGAAGCCAACAUAACUUGGCCAGGCCGAUUGAGGACCAAACCGGAAGGAUUCAUGAUCCCGACACAUUUGACGGUGCUUACGAUAGAAGAAAAACCAUUCGUAUACGUUCGUGAGGCCAUUGAUAAGAAGCCAUGCCUCCCCGAUGAAAUACCGUGUCCUCACUUCAACAGUUCAGAUGACAAUUCGACUCAGGUACUUUGCUGCAAAGGUUACUGUAUGGAUCUACUGAAAGAAUUGGCAAAGACGAUUAAUUUCACCUACAGCUUAGCUCUAUCCCCGGAUGGCCAGUUUGGAACUUACAUGGCCAGAAAUAACUCUGCGAGGCUCCAUUCUUUUUCAGUCGGAAGUAAGAAAGAAUGGAGCGGAUUGAUAGGUGAGCUAGUAAAUGAACGGGCAGACAUGAUCAUCGCUCCGCUGACAAUAAAUCCUGAACGUGCUGAAUUUAUAGAAUUCAGUAAACCGUUUAAAUACCAAGGCAUCACCAUCCUUGAGAAAAAGCCGUCCAGGUCUUCGACUUUGGUGUCAUUUUUGCAACCCUUCAGUAAUACGCUUUGGAUCCUGGUGAUGGUGUCGGUGCACGUGGUGGCACUAGUUCUGUACCUCCUCGACCGGUUCUCACCUUUCGGGAGGUUCAAGCUAGCCAACACUGACGGUACCGAGGAAGAUGCGCUCAAUCUGUCAAGCGCCAUUUGGUUUGCUUGGGGCGUUUUGCUGAAUAGCGGGAUCGGAGAAGGGACACCGCGAAGUUUCUCAGCUCGAGUAUUGGGAAUGGUAUGGGCUGGGUUUGCGAUGAUAAUAGUAGCAUCGUAUACUGCCAACUUGGCUGCGUUUCUCGUUUUGGAAAGACCUAAGACCAAGCUUACCGGAAUAAACGAUGCUCGGCUUCGAAAUACAAUGGAGAAUUUAACAUGUGCCACGGUGAAGGGCUCGGCUGUUGACAUGUACUUCCGACGGCAAGUAGAAUUAUCAAACAUGUAUCGUACGAUGGAAGCCAACAAUUACGACACUGCUGAAGACGCCAUUCGGGAUGUAAAGAUUGGGAAAUUGAUGGCGUUUAUAUGGGAUAGUUCUCGGUUAGAAUAUGAGGCUGCACAAGAUUGUGAAUUAGUUACUGCUGGUGAACUCUUUGGACGAUCAGGGUAUGGUAUAGGAUUGCAAAAAGGUUCACCGUGGGCGGAUGCAGUGACCUUGGCUAUUCUGGAUUUUCACGAAAGUGGAUUCAUGGAGAAAUUGGACACUCAUUGGAUUCUGCAAGGAAACGUACCGCAAUGUGAGCAAUUUGAAAAAACGCCAAACACUCUUGGCCUCAAAAAUAUGGCCGGGGUGUUUAUACUAGUCGCAGCUGGUAUACUUGGUGGAAUAGGUUUAAUCAUGAUUGAAAUGGUUUACAAAAAGCAUCAAAUACGAAAGCAAAAAAAACUGGAACUCGCUAGACACGCGGCUGACAAAUGGCGCGGUGCUAUUGAGAAACGCAAAACACUGCGGGCAUCAAUGGCAGCGCAGAGAAGGCUGCAAAGCAAUGGCGUGAACGACCCUGCCACCGUGAGUCUGGCAGUUGACACGAUAGCAAGAACAAGUCGGGCACCAUGUAGCCCAGGUCGGGCUUGGCCGGGCAACAGUGACAUUCGUCAACGUCCGUUAUCUCGCACCGAAGAUAUUCGCCUUUCACCCGCAGCCUAUACCGCGGACGUUUCGCAUCUCGUUGUUUAAAGGGACGAGAAGGUUGCAGGAGUCAAGAGAACAAGCCUUAUUCAUUCAUGUCAACCUUACAAGAGGGUCAGACGAUCGUUUACGAUCAACAAAAUACUUAUCCUCGAAUGAAAAUUAUUUGAUACGGAAGAUCGAAUAACUUUUUUUUUUAGACUAAAAAUGUAGAAUAAACGUGAUAGUUAAUUGUAAGAGAAUUUGUUUUAUUUUACGCAUCACUAGCAGUAAUCUGCGAGAGCGUAAUUUGAUGCACUUUCAAGAUUGCCAAAAUAUUGUGCGCCGAUUAAUGGGACUUACCGAACCAGUAUUAUGCAGGUUUGUUAUGCUUAAGAUGUAUGACAGAUACUUAGUAUUGAAGUGUAGCAAGCGUACCAAAUAAUUAAACGAUAAGAAUUCAUAUUAUUCACAAGUGACAGAAGUCAUUUCUGACAAAACAGUCAUGUUAAACGGUAUAGUCGAAUACUGAAUUGCACACAGUGCACGAGUAUGUUUAAAAAAUAUGCCUGUUAAAUGUAUCUAAUCGUGUGGAUGAAUAAUGAAUUUAUAACUCAAUCUAAAAAACAAAAAAUACAUAAAAUUGGAUUCACUUGAUAGCAUGUGCAGUCAGGAACGUCAUUGCUUGAUACACGCAUCGUUAUUGGUUCGAUUUGUGGUGUGGUAUGACGAGCAUUUUUUGAAGUUUUCAACUUGUAUCAAAAGAAAGGCAAGUCAAGGUAUCUUAAUCCCUUUUGUCAACAAUAAAAGUAAGUUUAUUCGAAAGAGAGUACAUCAUACACAUACAGAUUGCAUUCUGAACUGAAAGCAGAACUUUAGAAUCGCGUUACGCGGCCACGUACCAUUCUCUUAAUGCUCAAACGUAUGUAUGUACAUACAUAUAAAUUUAUGUAUAAAACUUGUCGACGUUACUCACCAGUAGGUAGAUUUACGAACGCAUUGAAUAAGAAAAUACAUAGCGUAUAGAAAUCGAAAAAAUUACUUUCAAAAUUAUUUGGACAGCUUUUAAACCUUGUAUGUAAUGAGCAGUGAGUAAUAACGCAAUGAUAUACGCGCACCUCUUCAGUUUAUAAUGGGAAAAAUAAUUGGUCAGCACAGUGUUCUCUGACGCAUCAUAUACAUGUUUAUUGGUCGAUAUCGAACCAUCGCGUAUACAAGAUGGAACAAAUUCAAAUCAAUAUAUUUAUUCCCGUAAUUUGUUCAUGUUGGCCAGCUCUUUUGACCUGAAAUUAUACAUAUCAUAAUGUUUGAAUCCAUCACCAUGUUAUAAAACUUGAAAUGUAUAAAAUGAAUGCUAUGCUGAAGAAUUUCCAACUUGAAGUGAUAAACACGCUGGAGUUUUGUUAUCAAUUAGGUGCAAUCGGUGAGCUGUGUUUCCUUGUGCAGUUGUUACAAUUGUUACUUAUGCACUGUUCGUUGAAUCGAAAUAUAGAGUAUUGUGAAUAUAAUGAACGAAAUGAAUUUUCCCUUUGAGUGUAUCCGCAUUUAACAAUUACCUCAUAUACAAAUCGUAAAAUACUUUAUGGGAUAUACAAAUUACGGGUUAAAGUGUAGUAUAUAGUGUAGCGUUCUUGCUUCCGACGGGCAUGAUUCGCAAGCUUUAUUCCUCCAGGAAGAAGUAUUGCCCCGCUCUCUUUUGUUCCAUAUCCUAACAAAGAGCAGAAAAAUUAAUGAAAUCACUAUCGAAAUACCUAUAUGAGUACAGGUAAUUCGUUGUCGAAAACCAAUGGAAUGUGGGUACCUUCACAGAUUGACUUUUAUUAAUUCGCGGCCUAAAGUUGUUGGGAUCUCGCCUGAACGUGAUGCCAA